GUGUGUGAGCUAGGCGAGGGAACAAUAACCCGAGAACAAAUGCAAGGACUUCCUGUGCAAAGUUUGUGGUUUUUACGGUAGUAGCCUCAAAAGGAAGUUUACCGCAUAGUGUAAAUACUGAAGUGGAAUCACAUGGGUUAUAGUACUACAAGUUGUAAGACAACAACACGACCCAGUACGUUACAAAACCAUGCCUGUACAGUGCUGCAGAGUAGAUGCUUACCACUUCUAGCCUGCCCGAUACCAUCCCGUAUCGAGUUGUUAUAAGAGUGAUAAACAGACGGGCUUAUUUGUGGGUCGUGAAACUCUUCUCUAUUAACAAUGACUGUUUCUGUUCGUGUUCAGCCUGUUACAGGAUCUCGGCUAAAAUCAUGGUUUUCGACGGAAGAAUUCAGAGUUCUUUUAUUGGACUGUAGAUCGUUUGUAUGUUACAACAGUCUACACAUCGUCGACGCAUUGAACGUCCACUGUCCACUGCUACUGAAGCGCCGCUCCAACGGCCCGCUGCCGGUGGACCAUCUCGUAACGUGCGCUGAUGCUCGGUCGAGACUCCUUGCAGGUUUCUACCAGGCAGUUUUGGUAUACGAUGAAGAAUCGGUGCAGACAGCCAGCGAAGUAUCACAAGGGAACAUGACGUGGGUUUUAGAGACGUUAUUUCAGGAACCACUUCUUCAACUCUCCGUGAAGAUUUUUUCUCUUGUUGGUGGUUUUAACCAAUUCUCUGUAGAGUUUCCCUCACUGUGUGUGGGUUCACCAACCAAAUCAAUUUUCAACAUGCCAUCUCCACCGCUUGCUCCGCUCAACCUCACCCCUUCGACAUAUCGCCACCAAUGCUCGGACAAGCGCCCGUCCACACCCACCGCUGCAACCCCCACCGCUCCUCCACGUAGCCCCCGUCCCCCACUGCAACGACGUGGCCCCGCUCUCUCACUGGCACUGCCAACCAUCAAAUGUACCCAAGUACCCGAAUCGUCCAGAUCGUCCAAAUACAGCACUGCCUCAACAACCUCCAGACCUACCACACCUCUAGUGCCUAAAGGAUGUCCGCAGAUUGGACAGUCUGGUCCAGGAUACGAGUGCAAUGCUCCUGUAAGGCUACUUCCUCAUCUAUACCUGGGGAGCAACUUCCACGCCUCCAGAUUAGCUGUCUUGGAAGAACACGGCAUUACAGCUGUAUUAAACGUUUCCAGGCUACCCAACUACUUCCCAACGUGUUUCAGAUAUAUGCAGAUCCUAGUCGAUGAUAACACAGAUGCAGAUCUAUUGCCCUGGUUCGAGGAAGCCAAUAACUUUAUCGAUUCUAUCGAGAGAUGUAAAGGUCGAGUCCUAGUCCACUGUCAUGCCGGUAUUAGCCGCUCAGCAACGAUUUGUCUGGCAUACCUCAUGAAAGUCCGGCAAAUCCGCCUGGAGGAAGCCUUCGAGUUUGUCCGUAGCGAGCGAACCGUCAUCUCGCCCAACCUCGCCUUCAUGUUGCAACUGCUGCGUUUUGAGAACGAACUAGCGAGCAGUCGAAAAGAGAACACCGAUCAGAACUCACCUUGUAAUAACCAUACCAGUAAUACUUUCUUCAGUAAUAGCGCAUCCGCAUGUAGUUCAACCACCAAGUAUUCAGAUUCGGCAUUCUCACCGACAUUAAGUCCUGCCUCCCCCACGACGACGAUGACGACGACGACGGGGAAACCUUCAUCCACGAGACAGCUCAGUUUGGGUAACUCUCCGUUGUUGAUAAAGAGGAUGGCGCGGAGUGUGUCUCGAUCCAAGAGUCAGAACUCGAGUCCUGUCGGUACGGACGCAAGGAAACAGACCUUGGCUUUCAAUUUCAAUCUUCCCGUCUUACCGAAAAGCGUCUCAGCUCAUUCAUGUGCCUUGGAAUGCACAGAUCUUAGCCCAACACCGAGUCCAAUCUUCUUUCCCAUGUGAUACAAACCAAGACACGACUCGGUCGUCAUUAUAUUUUUAUAAACUUUACUUUUUUAUUGAGUUUCUGCCCACGAAGGACCGACACUGUUCAUGCGAGUUAUUGUUCUAAUGGCCGAACUAAUUCUUUGAACCGAAAUCUCGCCAAAAUGUUGACAUUCCUUGAGGGAAAAGGUUAUAAAUGUUAAAUGUUUUUCAUGAUUUGAUGAUGAAGGUUUCUUAGUUGAUACGUUCAAGUUUUCUGUAUAUUUUCAAUGUGUUUCAGUAUUCAUACUACCAGAGAAAGGUUGUACAUAUUUGAUAUUGUUAAUCUCUGGAUGUUCUGUUGUAUCUAACUUAAAGGCUGAUAGAUUUUGUUGUUUCUUUGUUACGUUUUCAUGAGUAAAACUGUUCUUUUUUACUUUCAUUUUAUUACAUUUCUUACGAUGAUACCUGAAAGGUCCCUUUGUUAAUGUCUUGAAUACUUUCAUAUUUAUGUGUUCAUAAUUUGAUUUUAUAACCUGAUAAAAGAUUAAAGAUUGCUUUCGAGGAGUACAGAUGAAAUAGUGCCUAAAUUAUGUUAUCAUGACAUUAAUCGUUUUCGAAUACUUAUUUCUUUACAUAUUACAAAAAUGCGAUACCGUCCCAAAUCUUGUGAAAAUGAAACAUUUUUCUUUAAAAACUUCUUCUUUUUUAAAGCAAAAUUGAAUAGUGAGAGGUGGGGGAGGGGAGGAGAGAGAGAGAGGGGCGUGAUUCAACGUUUAAUGCCAAGAAAACAAUGCUUACAUUACAGCAUUCUUUUGUACAUGUAUUAGAUAUAUGUGGUAAUGUUGUGCUAACUACUAUUGUUCUGUUGUUGCAAUAAGUUGAGAGAUCAUGCAAAUAUUGUUGUCAUGGUGCUUUUGAAUUUGUUCUAACUUUGAUAUUCGCAUUAUUAUGUAUGAAGGAAACUUUGUAAUUUUGUACGUUUGUUAUCAAUGGGAAGACAAAAAUCAUGGUUUUUAUGUUUUUGCAUUUGUAAUGGAUGCUCAGUAAGAAAAUGUGUUGAUAUUUAUUAGUUUGUGAUUGUAUGUCUGUUGAUCGGUAGUUCUGUACCAUUUUUGCUUGCCAUGGCAGAGCCGUGCAAUAUUCGUUUCAAAUGAGUUCGUUAUAAUGUGUUCACUUUUAAAGCUACUUACAUCAUGAUUUUACUCAUUUUAUUCAUUUAUUUGAUCAUAAUCAUUGUUACCAUGAAAGAUAUACAAAUUUAGUUUCGUUGAUGGUAUAUUUCUUUGACAAUAGUUUUUAUGGUUAUGCUUAAAAGCAUUGGUAAUAAAUCCGUUGAAAACUUUUAUGUGAAUCGCAUUCAAUUAUCUAUUUUAUGUUCAUUGUUUUGUUUUGCUUUGCUAAGGCGGAGAUAUUCAAAGAAAUGAAAAACAAGUGAAAUCAAUCGAUAAGAUUAUGUGUCAAGCUGUAUAUGAUUUUGUUCACACAUGCAAUGCCAAGAUUAUUUAUGAAUAAAGAACAAUGUCCUUGGGCCAAUGAAAAUCAAACAAA